AUGCCUUCCUCCAAACUCUUGUCGCUCCUCGCCCUCCUUCCGGCUGCGGCUCUUGCAACCGACAAUGCCUCGGUUCAGCCAUCUGGGCUAGUCCGUCACUCUCUGACUGCUCAAGAGGGUGGUUCGCUUUUCAGCAGACACUCGAAGAGACAACUGGUCACUGAAUCCUCGGCAAAGCGGGCCGGUACAUUCUACACCAUCAACGUCAAGUUCGGGACGCCUGGCCAAAAUGUCCCUGUACAAAUCGAUACCACGCAAUCCGAACUCUUCGCGAACCCUAGAUGUGCCACGUCAUCGAACCCAUCCUUCUGCCAGAGCCAGCAGAGGUUCACCAUGUCGAGCUCCCUCAUCGAUCUUGGGGUGCAAGGUUCGAUGUCUCUGCGCAAUGGUGGCUAUGUCAACUGGCAAUACGUGUCCGAUUACAUCGGUAUCGGAUCCUCUAGGAUCACCCAACAGAUCUUUGGGGUUGCCUACGACAGUUCCGGACCGACGAACGCCAUUCUUGGUCUCGGCCCAUCCCUUCAAGGCUGGACCAAUGGGUAUCCCCUAGUUCUCGACAGUCUCAAGACACAGGGACACAUCAACAGCCGGGCCUGGACUUUGGAUUUGAAGGGAUCUACAAGCCAGAGCGGUUCGGUGAUUUUCGGUGGCAUCGACACCAACAAGUUCAUUGGGGACCUGGUUAAACUCCCCAUUGUCCCUGCCGCGCAAUCUCCUGAUGGGUAUACCAGAUACUGGAUCCGCCUCGAUGGUCUCUCGGUCAGACAGGCCGACGGUUCAGUUGUGGAUGCCUGGGCUAAGCCGGAGGGUGCAGCGGGUCAGCCAUUCGUGAUCGACAGCGGCGCGAGUCUCACUGCCCUUCCCACGUCCAUCUACAGCCAGUUUGUUGCGGCGUUCCCUUCGGCCACGGCUAACGCCGACGGGACUUUGGCUGUUGAUUGCCCUGCUGAGGGUGAGGGUGGAUCUGUCAACUUCAACUUCGAUGGCAAGGUCAUCAGCGUUCCUUUCGGCGACUUUGUGUCUCGUGUGCCCGACACAGACACCUGUCUUUUGGGAGUUUAUGAGGACAGCCUCCCUGUCCUUGGUACCAACUUCCUCAGGGCUGCCUAUGUCGUGUUCGACCAAGACAACCGCAACAUCCAUCUCGCUCAGUCCGCAGAUUGCGGUGCUGAGGCUCUUGUGGCUAUUGGUACGGGUGUCGAUGCUGUCCCAUCGGUUACCGGCGCCUGCCCAGCUCCAGUGACCUCGACCACUACCACCGAGUCCGCUACGACCACAGAGGAGGUGACCUCCACCACUACCGAAGAGUCUGCCACCACGACUGAGGAGGCUACUACCACGACUGAGGAGGCUACUGCCACCACUGAGGAGGCUACUGCCACCACUGAGGAGUCUAGCACCAUCACAGAGUCCGCCACCAUCACAGAGUCCGCCACCAUCACAGAGUCCGCCACCAUCACUGAAUCUGCCACCGAGUCUGCCACCGAGACUGCUACCGAGGCCGAAGAGAGCGAGUGCGAGACAGAGUAUGAGUCGGCUACUGAGACUGCUACCGAAUCGGCCACCGAGACUGCUACCGAGUCGGCCACCGAGACUGUUACUGAGUCUGCCACCGAGACCUCAGUUGCUGAGCCCUCCAUCACUGCGACCCAGACCUCUGCCGCCGAGACCUCGGUUGUGGAGACCAGUUCAUUCCCCAUCACCACCACUGCUGCUCCCCUCCUGACCAUCACGUACACCGAAACUUCGACCUCGACCAUCACCUCAUGCCCUCCUUCAGUUCCCAAGUGUCCUGUCGGCUCCGUCACCGUUGUUACCCAGGUCAUCACAGCUACCACCUCCGUCUGCCCUCAGACCUCGGCCACCUACACCUUCCCUGCUGCCAACCCAUCCGAGGCGCCUGUCGUCGUCACCCUCACCCCGGUCAAGCCGCUGCCCACUCCCGUCACCGUUCCUGGAUGCAGCUGCACCGCUUCUCCAUUCCCUACCGGACUCGCCCCCGGUCAGCCCACAACUUUGGCUACUGUGCCUCACAUCGUCGCCACUGGUGUGCCCCAGGCCCCAGGCGCUGGUGUCCCCAACGUUCCGGGCACUGAUGCUCCCCACGUCCCCGGUUCUGGCGCUCCUCAUGUUCCUGGCUCCGGUGCUCCCCACGUUCCGGGCUCCGGUGCUCCCCAUCUUCCCGGCACUGGCCUUCCCCAUGUUCCUGGCACUGGCCUCGCCCCUGCCCCUACCCAGCCAGCCCAUGGUGGCCACAAUGGUACCAACCCGGUCCCCACCUUUGUUCCUCCUCAGGCUCAGCCCUCUGAGCCCGUGACGGCUGGAUCCGCCAAGCUGUCCAGCGUGAUGAACUGGGGCGCGGCGGCUGUAGUCGGUGGUGUCAUUGCUGCCAUGUUGUAA